AUGACAGCCGACAAUCCCUACAGUCAUGAACUCUCCAUCGCCCUGCUCACCGUCCAGCGCGCGUCGCUACUCACCAAACGCAUCGUGACCGCGCUCGACAAAGGCGCCAUUGACAAAAGCGACGCCAGCCCCGUGACGAUAGCCGACUUCGCCGCGCAAGCGCUCAUCAUCAGUGCCCUGCACCGCAAUUUCCCAGCCGACGGCUUCAUCGGCGAAGAAGACGCCGAAGCGCUCCGAGGAAACGCCGCGCUCUGCGACCGGGUAUGGGAGCUCGUGUCUACGACUUCACUAGACGAUCCGCCGAGCGAGGAGCUCCCGGGCAAAAUCGGCUCCAAGGAGGAGAUGCUCGCGACAAUCGACCUGGGCGCCAAAGCCGGAUCCCAAAGCGGGCGGAACUGGGUCUUAGAUCCCGUCGACGGCACGGCCACGUUCAUGCGCAACCAGCAGUACGCGGUAUGUCUGGCCCUCGUGGAGGGUGGGAAACAGAAACUCGGCGUGCUCGGGUGUCCGAACCUGCUCAUUGGAGAGGGCGGUGAGGUGCGUGAAGAUCUCAUCGACAGCAAGGGGCUGGGUCGGAUGCUGUCCGCCGUCGUGGGCCAGGGAGCGUAUAUCAGGCCGAUUGCACGGGGCCGAGUGGAAACGCCUCAGAGGUUGGGAAGGAUCGCAGAGGUCGUCGAUCCGGCCAAGAUACGUUGGGUCGAUUCUGUCGCCAGCGACAAUAUCACGCACCAGAUCCAUCGCGCUAUCGCUGAGAGGCUCGGCUCCACGACCUGGCCGGGCACGGAUAUCUGGUCGUCGCAGAUGAAAUAUAUCGGUUUGGCCGUCGGUGCGUUUGAUGCCAUGGUCCGCAUCCCGCCGGAUAGGUCGUACAGGGCCUCGGUCUGGGAUCAUGCUGGUGGCCAGCUCAUUUAUGCCGAGGUCGGCGGCGUCUUGUCAGAUACGAGUGGUAAGCCCUUUGACUUUGGUUUGGGCAGAAACCUCGAGUCGAAUCUGGGCUUGGUUGCCGCUCCUGCAAGUAUACAUCCCAAGUUGUUGGAAGCUGUGAAAGAGGUGUUGGCGGCGACUGCUGGUGUUGGCCAAUGA